CGAAUUGCAGUAGUAUCGUUUGACUGGUGUUUAGUUUCGAAAUUUAGUACAAUGGUGGUUCCUGUGCCGGCUACAAAUUUAAGUAAAACUAAAAAAAUCGUGGGCAAUAAUUUAAAUCUGUCAUUUUCUACAAACUUGUGUACCAUUGUGGUUAUCGGAAACAAUUGUUCGCUGAAAAUUGCGGAUAAUUUCGGAGUGGUCAAGGUGGUUGGAAACAAUUGUGUUAUCACAAUUGGCAAUUGCAGUGGUUCCGUCAAAUAUGUUGGAAAUAAUGGAAAAAUUACGUUGAAUUGUAAAGUUAAAGAAGGUGCCGUUUCGUACAGUGGAAACAACGGUUUUGUGACAACAAAAAAUGGAUCAAGUGCACAAAACUUGGAACCUUCAACAGAAUAUUCCAACUACGGAACCUCGUCAGUAAUUUUAGGCAAUAUAAUUAGUUGUACUGUGAAUAAUAACUGGUCAAAAUUAGUCGGAAGUUAUGGACUCACAUUAGUAAAGAAAAAUGACACAAAAACAAAAUUCAACAAUAUUACUAUAAGUAUAUAAUAUAUAAUAAUAAUAGUAAUGUGUGAUUUAAAAAAAGAAUUAUAUAUAUUUAUUAUGUAAGUUAAAUUGAAUAUAAUACCAGUUCCUAUUGUUACCAAACAGUAUUAUUUUAUAAAUUAUAAUAAUUAAUGAACAUGAUAAGUUUUUUCAAUAUAAACUGAUACUGGACAACAGUAAACUAUUUAAACUUGUGUUCCUAAUCUGAUAAUACAACUUUUAAAAAACUGAAUUCGAAUUAUUUAA